AUGACUGAAUUUCCUGCCCCGUUAGUGGGGUUUCAGCUUAAGAAUAAUUUUUCAGUUAUGUGCCAUUUCCAGCUGUUUGAUUAUUAUGAUGGUGACAUUCCUGCGUUCACAAUCAACGUUUUUGACUCGACAAAUCAAACAUUAGCUCAAGAUAUGUACGAAGCACUAGUUAAUAACAAGUAUUAUUCCGAUUCAUCGCCUCUUUCUGCGUCAGUCUACCGGACAAAUAGAUAUUUUCUGGGGAGAAAUUAUGUAAAUUUACCAUGUCCGAAUGACAAGGAAAAUCACCAGAACGAUUGUAGAAUCCAUCAAGGAUUUCCUCCAGAACGCGAAACGCUAACAUAUAUUACAGCAUUUGUUUAUUUAACCACGAGAAACGACUCAUGGUACGCGGAUGCUGCGGCAGGUUUCAUGCUCGACCCGAAUAGCUUCUUACUUGAAGAACAAACUGAGCAACGGAAUAAGAAUGCAUUGUCCGUUAUUUCUAAUGUUUUGUCUAUUUUUGGAGCACUAUUCACAUUUUACGCCCUUCUAUUUGGCGUUAGCUCUAUUAAACCAUGGGGAUUUAUGCAUAAACGUGUUUUUAAUAGCACAACAAAGAAAACUCUUAAUGAAAAGUUGAAGCCGAAACCUACAUUAUUAUUUUCAGCAAAUCCUGAAUAUGACAAUUUAGAUCUUAAAGAAGAACUUAUUGGUUUAAAGGAAUUCCUUAAACUUUAUGUCGUCAAUAUUAGUUGGUUAGAAGAAGACAACAUAAAAACAUCAAAAAAGGACGACAGAAAGACAUCAGAAAAAGAUGACAAAAAGACAUCAAAAGAAGACGACAAAAAAACAUCAGAAGAAGACGACAGAAAGACAUCAGAAUAAGACGACAGAAAGACGUCAGAUGAACACGACAAAAAGACAUCAGAGGAAGACGAUAAAAGUAAAUGACAAGGAGUUUACAAUUGUUAUUACUAAACUUAAUUCUAAAAUUUAUAUAUAAAGGUUUUCCUGGAUGUGGACGAGAUGAUUCGAUUAAAAAUUUGACCAGUGGGAAACUAUAUAAAGUGAUGGAAUUUAUAAAUAAUAACAGAUAAUUAAAUUAUCAUCUUAUUCUUGAAGUUUGUUAAAAUUAUUACUAUUUUAAUAAAUCUUCAAUUUAAAAACAGAAAUUCAAUUGAUACGUAUAAUAAAUUUAGGGUAUUACUAAAUAUCACUAGUUGUGACGGUCACCAGUGGUGAAUUUAUGAUGUAAUGCCGGCCAAGAUUUUUAAUUCUGGCCAAA